AUGACAAUAAAUACCAUCGGUCGUCGCCUUUAUAUUCCAAUCGGUAUCAUUCAUUCCCAAACAUAUAUAGAUGAGGGGAGAGGGGAGGGGGAAGAGUGGGGUGGAAGAGGUAGAGGUGUACACGGGCGGCAUGCAGCAAGCAUCCCUACCAUCCUCUCACAAGGCAUCUUUUGCGACGCUACCCAUAUGAGGAGGUUUCUGUUGUCGUCGUUGUCAUUGUCGCAGGCGAUGUCCGUUAUAUUAGUGCUCCAUAUGUGGUGCGCGCGUAUGCAAGUGCAUGCGGGAGUGGGUAUGUGUGUUUGCGGGCAUAUGCGCGCGUAUGCAUCUGGAUAUGUGCACGUGAAUGUGCAUGUAUGCGGGCGAGCGUGGGUGUGUGGGUGGAUGAAUGGAUAUAUGCGUGUCCUCCCAUUUAUCGAUGUAUCAUAUAUCGUCGGCAGUUGCUCAAAAGGAUCGGAGAUGGGUGUGAAUGAUGAUGAUGAUAAUGGUGAUUCGAUCAGUGAUACAUUGUCAGCUGGUUCGCUCUUCCCAUUAUCAAUCUCAUUGCAUAUUCGUGGUACCUAUAUUUUGCCUCGCCUGCUUCCUGAAUCGCGACAUAUUCUUUCCACUUGCUCAUGA